AUGACUUCCACUGUGCUCCUAGAGAGCUACACAGACCUUGUGAUGGAUGAUGACUCGCUAGAGCUUAUCUAUGGAUGGAUGCAUUUAUGGGAGCUCUAUUUUUCCAAAAGUACAGGUGGACAACGUUUGACACAAGGCCCGGCAAUCUUUUCAAAAGGUCAGCGCUAUUGGUCUGACCACUUUCGGACACUUCAGAAUGGCCUUCCGUACAGACGGUGUCUGCUUAUAUAUGGGCCCACAGGAGUGGGAAAGACUAGUUUAGCAAAGUAUGUUUCUCGGGCCUUUGGGUAUGAUCCCUUACUUGUUGACUGCAUCGACGAGGAGGAUCCACGCCUGUAUGAGUCUAUCUUCGGGGUUCAGAGUUCGUCGCUUAACCCAUUGCUCAUGCGGGCAGCAGGGAAGGAGCCCUCAAUGCCCAGGCACAUCUUAAUUCUUGAUAAUAUAGAUUGCUUUAGUACUCAACAGUAUCAAAAUAAUUUAUUUCGAAGAUUGCUUUCUUAUGAUAAAAAGGUUAAAACAGGCCAACUCUCCAAGUUCAUCAGAAGACAGCAUCCCGUCAUUUUGCUAGCAACCGACGCAUAUGCGCGUAAUGUACGACAAUUUCGGGAGCUUUCUGCCGUUGUACAUCUAGCAAUGCCCGCAGCGGACAAGGUUGCUAUUGCCUUUCAGAAAAGGUUCAAGAUACAAGCCGGGAUGAGCAUGCGGAGCUUUAUUGCUACUGCGCUGACAGCGGUGAGUGGCGAUGUUCGGACACUAGCCACUGCAUUAGAACAUGUGUAUUUACACAAGUGCACGUCACUAGACUUAGCUAUACAAGAGCUUUUGAGAGGAUCGUCCUCCUCUUAUAUUGACCUGGCACGAGCUGUGGCCACGCAGAACUACAAGUAUCUAAUAUCUACACACCACACUCGUCACGAUGACUCCUCUGAUCAGAUCCUGACCAAGUUCCUCCACUCAAACAAUUUGAACCCAUUGGAUCGCUCAGUUCGGUCCACUGCCAUUAUGAUUGCUAUGCUUUCAUUCUUGAACUAUAGCGACGAUGAACUUGAAAAGGCAGUACACCGCUUAGAAGAUCAUGCAGCAGAAAUCGGAUUGCUUCAAAAAUUUGACAUUGAUAAUCAUGUAUCCAAUCAUGUUUACAUUAAUUUUUUAACUACAAUCUCCUCCAUCUAUCAGCAGAGUGUAAUCAACGUUACUAAGAGGUUAGUGCUGGCUGCCUUGGUGCAGCUGAACACUGAUCUUCUUUACUCACCAUUACCUUUAAGAACACAUGAUAACAUCUACACCUCAUUGCUCUAUCCUUCGGCAAUCCGUCUCGGAACCCUGUCACAACGAAAUACUUUGCCUUUAGAUACGUAUUACACCACUGCCUCCCCCCUCUGUUUGGCUAGUAUUGGGGCCCGCAGCCUUCUCUUUGCGAGCGAACUGCUCCCACUGUCUGUUGCAAUGGUCAGCUUAGGAACGCCUGAUAUUGGCAACGUUCUUAUAAUGCCGCCUGCUGCACGUCUUUCAUCAAUCACUCUUGCUUCCAUUAUCUAUGAUAUUGGGCUUUCUAUAAACUUAACACAAGAGCCUGACGAUCCGCAGGGGCGUAUGUCUCACACCAAUUCAAGCACCCUCAACUCCCAGAGAGCUCCCACGCCAUUUGGAACUGAUAGCUUUGGACACAACUUUACUCUUUCAAGUACGCAAAUAUGGGAUACCGUUUACCGGAGUGUGCCUACUAACAGCCUGCAGAUCCUUGAGAGCAUGCGGGAUCGUCUCCUCUCCAGUCCCGCUCAGUGGAAAUCAUAUGCAGACAUAGAUUCUAGUGUCCUUAGCCUAUAUGAGAGAGUCGAAAACGAGCUCGAAGCAAUGAAUAAGCGUGAGGCGGGCAUUCUAGACAAGGAGCUGGUGUAUAUUUACAGCGAUGGAGCAACCACUGCAGUGCGUCGCCCAAUCACAUACAGUAUGCUGUGCGGAAGCAUCAACAACAUUGCAUCAGGAGGGCUCUAA